AUGAGCACAAACCACUAUUAAGCCAAGAGGAUGGAUGUAUUUUCAUUUGGUGUAGUGGUGCGGAAAUGGUUGGAACACCAACCAAAUAAAGGUUAUUCUACUUCACACUUGUUUACAAUCUCUAUUCCAACACUUCUUUUCUCUCUUUUUUUCCUGUUUAAGAUCCAUGGAGUUUGGUCCUCAUCAAAAAAAUCCAACAUUCAUAAUCUGCCACCUUCUCCUCCUAGGAUUCCUAUUGUAGGAAAUCUUCACCAAGUCGGAACAUUAGCUCAUCGAUCCUUCCGAGAUCUUUCUCAAAAGUAUGGCCCAUUGAUGUUACUACACUUGGGUCGGUCUCCGACUCUUGUUGUUUCAUCGGCUGAAAUGGCUACAGAGAUAAUGAAAAACCAAGAUGUUUCCUUUGCAAAUAGACCUUUCACUAAUGCUGCUAACGCUUUACUUUAUGGAUGUACUGAUAUUGCUUUUGCGCCUUACGGUGAAUAUUGGAGGCAAGUGAAGAAGAUUAGUGUUCUUCAGCUAUUGAGUGUAAAGAGGGUUCAAUCAUUUAAGUACGUCAGAGAAGAAGAAGUUGACAUUAUGAUCGAGAAAAUAUCUAGUUCAUGCUCAUUAAAGAAAGACGGUGAACAAGUAAUAAAUCUUAGUGAAGCACUGCAAACACUCACAAACAACAUAGUUUCUAGGUGUGUGCUUGGUGCUAAGUAUGAAAGUGCUCAUGGGAACAGAUUUGGCCAACUGUCUAAAGAGAUCAUGGAGUUGCUUGGAGCUUUUAGCGUUGGCGAUUACUUUCCCUCUCUUGGUUGGAUAGAUGUUGUUUCUGGAUUAUCUAGUAAGUUUAACAACGCAUUCCAGGAACUCGAUAUCUUCUUAGAUCGAGUCAUCACUGAGCAUCUCCUUCGGCAUUCCAAAUCACAAAAUGAUGAUGGCCAAGCCGACGACAGUAAUAAACUAGACUUGACAGAUGUUCUUCUCCUUUCUCAGAAGGAUCACUCAAAGGUCUCUCGCAAUAAUAUCAAAGCCAUAAUCAUGGAUAUGUUUGUCAGUGGAAGUCAUACAUCUGCAACAGCAAUGGAGUGGACAAUGUCAGAGCUCAUAAAGAAUCCAAAAAUGAUGGACAAAGCUCAAGAUGAGGUAAGAAGAGUUUUGGGAAACAAGUUUAAGAUAGAAGAAGCGGACAUUAAUCAAAUGGACUAUUUGAAAUGCAUCGUGAAAGAGAUUCUACGAUUACAUCCUCCUAUACCUACUUUGGUUCCAAGAGAAUCUCCUAAUAGUACUACCAAGUUAGCAGGUUACGAUAUUCCCCCGAAUACAACAGUUUACAUUAAUGCUUGGGCAAUCCACAGAGAUUCAAAAGUUUGGGAGAACCCCGAAGAGUUUCGUCCCGAGAGAUUUAUUGACAACCCGGUUAGUUUCAAGGGACAAGAUUUUCAGUUCAUUCCAUUUGGAUCAGGAAGAAGAGGGUGUCCCGGACUAUCAUUUGGUAUCGCAAUCAUCGAGUUCGCUCUUGCAAAUCUAUUGUACCGCUUCAAUUGGGAAGUUCCAGCUGGUGAGAAAAGAGAGGAACUUGACAUGACUGAAGCUUCUGGUUUUACUGUGAAUAGGAAAUUCCCUCUUCGUGUUGUUCCUAGUACAAUAAAAAUGCCAUAGGCCACUGUUAGUAACUGUGGAAUGUGGUCUCAGAGGGCUUGACCCUCUAUUCUCCUGUCAUCAUAGGGGUACUCGUUGAAUAAAUUCGAGUUUACGAAAA